AAUUGCAAUUGAGUUCGAGUAUGAUGUAAUUUACGACUAAAUGCCUCAAAUUGUAAAUAAAUAUUAACAUAUAGUAUUACAUGUGAUUUGCCUGUAGCUAGAAAUGAGUACUUUAGGCAUUAUUUAUUUGGGAAUGGAGUAUCUUUAUGCAGAUUCCCGUUGUCAGUUUCGGCGCGUUCGGCUCUGUUCGACCAACAUUCCCACUUCCUCGGCAGGUCAAACCUGGAAUGGAUGAAAAGCGGUCAACGAAGUGUACAGGUGUUUUUAAAUGUUACUUUAUUUUAUGGUGUAGUGAAUUUUUACAAUCAUAUACAAGUUAAUGGAAUCAACAGCACCCGUAACAUUUAAAAGCGACAGAAGGCGGUGAUCAUGGCUAACACUACUGCUGAGAAUGAAGCUGAUUCAGGCAGUGGUGUAGCGACGAGCCGCCUGCCACACAAAGACGAGGAUGCAGAUCAAAACGAAGCUGAUCGAGUGGUAACUGGUUCAAACAUGAACUACGUGCCAGUCGAUACUAUAAAAUGUACCAAAUGUGAUUUUGAAGCUAGUACUCAAGCCCAAAUAACUACUCACGUGACCAAGGUUCACACGACCAACGAAGCUACCGAAAUGGAGGUUGAAAACAACAAUCCGUCGCCCGACCGAGUCCAUCGCAAAAUGUUCGAAUGCGAUGUCUGCAAAAUGAGAUUUUCCAACGGCGCAAAUAUGCGUCGCCACAAGAUGCGCCACACCGGAGUAAAACCCUACGAAUGCCGAGUAUGUCAAAAAAGGUUCUUUAGAAAGGACCAUCUUGCUGAACACUUUACCACGCACACCAAAACCUUGCCGUUCCAUUGCCCGAUAUGUAAUAGAGGUUUCCAAAGACAGAUUGCGAUGAGAGCUCAUUUCCAAAACGAGCAUGUUGGUCAACAUGAUCUUGUCAAGUCUUGUCCGUUGUGUAGUUAUAGGGCUGGAUCUAUGAAGAGUCUAAGAAUACAUUUCUUUAAUAGACAUGGAAUAGAUCUGGAUAAUCCAGGCCCAGCAGGUUCUCAAGCUUCUUUGAUCGCAGCUGCUGCUCAACAAGGAUUUGCUAUGGACGGAACGCUUAAUUCUUUAAGUCAACUCACUAGCAGUCUAUCCGUAAGCGUGACAGGAGGAGCCAACUAUAGCGACUCUGGAGAUUCCACGGGGGCCCGAUCCACGGAUAAUGCCACUCCGCCUAUGCACUUUUUGACUCCUCAUGUGGAGAUUUCCAUGACUGAUGCCCCCGUACCCGUUUUUCCACCAUCUCCGGGAGAUGCGCAAAACUCCAACCAACCAGUUCAAAGUGCCGACUCUCGCAUGAACGGGGAAUGUCCAAACUCUCCCCAAUCUGCAGACUCAAACUCCAACGCUCCUUCUAGCAGUCACAUACAGCCGAAUAGUUUGCGGAUUGACCAAGAAACCAACAUCACCCCGUCCAUAUCGCUUAUACCAAUUAAACAAGAACCUGGAGACGAUUACGAAAGCUCAAAGAGAAAUGGACCAGUAAAUCUCAGUACGGCAACCUCAGGUGGCAUUCAAAUGCAAUCAGCAACUUCGAGCAGCCUAAGCUCGUUAAUAAAAGUUUCACCUCUAAAAAGUCUUCUAAGGGACGAUCUCAAAAGAAAAAUCAUAUCAAGAAGUAAUUCUAGCACUAGAGGACGUUCCACAGCUUCACCAGGUGCUAAUUCAGAGUCCCCCACUGACCCGGCAACUACUACAAAUGGUGCUAUAACUUCCACAGGUCUCGAACAGCCUUCAGAUUCUUCCCUCUGGAGUCGUAUGAGCAAAAGAGCGUUAAAUGGCCUUCAGUGCAUCUUCUGCGGAAUCGGAUUCCCUGACCAGACUCUCUACUUUUUACACAAGGGCUGCCACUCUGAUGCCAACCCUUGGAAAUGUAACAUUUGUGGCGAACAAUGUUCAAAUGUGUAUGAAUUUAAUUCUCAUCUACUAAGUAAGAGCCACCAAUAGCAUUCGGAUAAAGUUUGGUAACAUAGAUACAGAUACAGUUUAAAAAAACGGCUGCUACAAAAAUUGUUUAAAAUUGCUCGAUAAGACAACGGAAUCUGGAACAUUCCAGGAAGCGCUCGAAGCUUCCAGGCUCAAGUGAAACCUUUCAAAGCUGUCUAGAACGUUCUAGGUUCCUUGGAACAUUCUAGACAGUAACGCAACCUGCCAGAUUCCUUAGAAAAUUUCACGUACCAUUGGAGCUGAGCCCAGAAAUCGUUGGAACACUUCCAUAGCUACAUACUCAGUUGUUCUGAAACGUUCAAAAGAUUCUUUAACUGUUGUAGGCUGUCUUGGAAUGACCAGGUUCAACCAAACAUUCCAUUCUGCCUUGGAAUCUCGGAGAGUUUUGUGGAAUAUUAAAUAGCUUCCUGAAGGCUCUUUGUUACAUCCAAGAGUUCCUGGGACAGUAGAAGCUACUCUGGAACACUCCAGAUCGCUCCAGGCUUUCCGGGACAAUAUAGACAACUCUUGAAAUCGUUAAAAUUGUAUCUACAAAGUAGGUAAAGAGAGAUGUUUACAAAUAUGUUUUAAAAAUAAUCUUGGAACAUGAGUAGCACUUCGUAGAGCCAAUGAUCUGUUUUAUUGAUAUAAAAUAUGCUUUUGGGACAGUACAACAUGUAAAUUCCACGACUUAUAUCGGAAUUAUGCAGACAAAUACUCAGACAGGUUAUUUAGAAGAAGAAACAUUAAGAAAUAAUUCCAAUAAGCAACUGAAACCAUGCAAUACACAACAAAUUUUGUAGUAGCAGACGAGUUUUUGUUUCGUCAAAAGUUUUGGGACGAUGAUAUCGUUGUAUAAUUUUUUUUUGUAAAACCUCACUUAAAGUACAAACGUUAGCAAUGAAGCUAAGGACAAACAUUAGUAAUACUUAACACAAAAAAAUAUGUGUUGAGUUUACUGCAACGAUGAAAAUCGAUCAAUAAUCAUUUCGACAUUUAGUAGUUACUGUGAAAGAACUCAAAACACAGAUUUGUUAAUAUUUUUGAAGAGAUAUUUAAAUAACCAUUAAAAUAGAUUGUCAACAUAUUUCCAGUUGUAAACAAAGAAGUUUUAACGUAACAUGUGACAGGGUAUAUUGAAGGGUACAGUUGCCAUCAAAUUUUUUCAGAACACCUUAAUGUUAAGCUUAUUACAAAGUCAUUUGUAUUUGAGUGGUGUAAUUAAGUUUUCGGUACAGGUAGAAAGUAAUAAAUGUCAAUCUAUUGUAUAUUUAAUUAUCGUACCUGCUAUUCGGUAUGUUUAUCUCUCGAAACUUAACAAUACCACUCAAAUACAAAUGACUUUAUAAUAAGAUUAAGAUAUGGAUUUCUGCAAUAAUUUGUGGGCAACUAGACAAUUAUUCCCUAAUAUACCAUUACAAUGUCAACGAAAAGAUUCACCUCAAUCAAAUUCUGCCUACGACUAGUAAAUCAUAUAUUAUCAUUGACAGAAACCGUUUUUUUUUGUUUAUAAUUGGGAAUAUGAACAGAUAUUUAUUUUGCGGUAGUGUACACAUCUGCAAUUUUUUAUUAUUAUGAACAUAUGAAUUUAAUAACCUUCUAAUCGAUAUUUACGUGAAAAGUUCUCGAAUGAAAUGUGACGUUCCUAUUGCCUUAUGUGGAAAAAGGUGCUUUUUCUUUGUUUAUCUCUAAAUUGUUACAUUUUUGUAGUAUUCUAAACGUUAAAGGAUGAUUAUUGUUGCCUGUUGGAUAUUGAAACAUUUUUAAAACCUCUGGUUUUGAUGCUGUUAUAUUUGGAUACAGAAGUGCCUAAUAGUGUAUCAAAAAGCGGCAGUACCUGAAAAAAUAUAUAAUAAGAUUCCAUUUGAAUUGAUUGAUGUAUAAUUUGUUUGAGUAAAUUUACAAUUUACUCCAAUUAUGGAGUAAAUUGUAAAUUUCCAAAUGUAUUUUAUGAUAAAUGUACGGUAUUUAUAUUUUGUCACUUUAAAUAAUUUGUUGAUAAGUUGAGAAGGUAUUACUCGACUUGUGGAUAUUCCUCUUUUUCCAAUCGGUUUGUUAAAGCGUAUGGCGUACAUGGACAAUAUAACUAUAACGCAUAACAAAUGCAAACGUAAAUGUAUACAUAAACAAAUAUACAUCAAAAUAUAUAUGUUGAGUUUUGUGUUAGAUUCUACUGCAGCAUUUGUGACAUGCAAGAAGUCGAUCAUGCUAUUAGAGUAUGCUACCACAGGGGGCAUUCCAUCACAAUGUGCUCAAUGGUUUGGCGAGGUUCUCCGUAGUCUUAUGAUUUUAUUUGGCACAGUCCCCAUUUGAAUAAUGAGCCGCGGCACAGUCUAUGGCAUGUUCUACAUGGUUUAGAGUUUCCAUUCAAGGCGGGUUAAUUCCAUACAUGGCAGGUGCUUCUUGGGUUUAUUGGUCUUUGUGGUGGGGUUACCGUUAAUCCUCAUGGUUUGAUUGAGUUUGGUGUCGAUCUUUGUUAGAUGGCUACUGUGUCAAACUGGAGCACAGUAUUCGAUGACUGAGUAGACCUGACAUAUAGGCAGUGUUCUGAGAGUGGUGUCGUUUGCUUCCCAGGAUGUUCCGCAAAACGAAGCAGGUAACCUUCGUUUUAUUCGUAUUUGUGCCUUUUACUGUGUUAUGGCAAGCGUCAUCACCAUAUGCUUAUUUCUUUGCAAUGGAGGGGCAAAUAUGUCAGGGAGGGAUGUCAGAUAUAUACAGAUGAAGAGGACUAAAAUUAAACUAAUUCAACAAUUAAAAAACGGAAAUGCAAAGAAAGAAAGAAAAAAAUAGAUAAUAAUAUAAUAAUCUCCCGUAUUAUACCGCUAACGCGGCUUUGGGAUUAUAGCAGAGUAGUCUGCUAUAUCUAGGACCUACGGAUCUAUUAAUACCCCUGGUUUUACCCAAGGUACUCAUUUUUAUUCAGGCUGAGUCGACCUGGGGCCUAUAGACAUUUUUAAAAAUGUCUAAAUGUUCUCGCCGGCGCUGGGCUUCGAACCCCGGCCUACCUGCGUUGAAGUCAGACAUGCUACCGCCUGAGCUAUCCGGGCCCUAAAAACAGAUAGAUCUGGCUAGAAAAAAGGUAAAAGAGAAAUAAAUUAUGAAGGUUUUUAAUUUUUAUUGAAGAAAACCUGUUUUUCAGUGAAAUAAACCCUUAUUAGGGGAUGUAAUGCAAUAAAAAUGACAUGGUUAACACAUAGAAAAUGAAAUCCUAGUUUCCAUUGGGAGAUUAAGGGACAAUAUGAUUUUGUAUUCUGUUCUGAUAAAUUUGUUUCUCUAUCUGUAUGUUCAGUUCUUUGCAUUUCUACGCUGCACGAGAGCCUUGUAUCUAACGGAUGUGCAAUAUUACAGUCAUCAUCGUUAAUGGAGUCUUACGGUGGAGCUAAAAAAAUAUCAUAUAUAAAGUGACUUCAUUAUGUUUUUUAAACAAUGUAUAAAUGUUGUCAUUAUUUAAAAGAAGUACAGUAUGCGGAAAAAUAAACAGCACUGAAAUGUAUAUUGAACUGUUUAUGAUUAUUUAUAUACUUAGAAUACAUCCUAUAUUCAUCAAACAUUAUUCACGACGACGUUUCCGAUAAGAUGUUAAAGAUACCCUCUGGCAUGAAAAAAACUUUAAUUCUAGUCCGCAAUUAAUACCGGAAUGUCGGUAUUGAGGAUCGGUCUCCCUCUUCAACGUCCCCCAUAUGUACGUAUCAGGUGGCGUUAGAAUUGGUGAGUGGAGAUCUCCCAAAAUAAUCGUGGAGCAUUCGAAGAGACCCCCUGACCGUAUGACAGGCUGCUCCGUCCUGCUGAAAUCAUUGUUGAUGUUACGCUUGGACCAUUUUCGCGACUUUUUCCGUAUUACCGAAAAUAGUACCCCACGAUAAAUUUUUUUUUCAAAAUGGAGAACCAUCCUAAAGCAUCUAACAUUAACACGACAUUCACAUAGUUUAUAACUACCUUCGGAAACUACUUAGUACGUUUCGGCGCAUGACACAUACAAAUUUGACGCACACGCCUUUCAGUACUGUUUACUUUGCCGCAUACUGUAUUAUAAUUGAACGUCAAUUAAAAUUGACCACAAUGAUCAAAAUUAAAGUAACCUACUGUGAUAGAUAUAUUAAAAAAGUUUUAUAGUAGUUAUAUUAGUAGCUAUAUUAGUUUGUAUUAAUUAUAAUGGUAGAAGCCAUAAUAGUUCGAUUUUUUUCUUGAAAAGUAAAUACUACACAUUCUAAAAAUGUUAAACAUUCCAUUUUUCCGAUUUUCCUCAUAUUUAUGGCGUGGCUAUACAUAAAAAUGUAACGAAAUUUAGGUACUGCCGUUUUUUUAACAAAUUUUUGUUCUUGCAUGUUAAACCUGUGGUCUAUUAUAGAGUAUAUUGUUUUAGAAGAAAGCAAAGUGCCUAUUUCGAGGCCUUAUAGAACUAAAGUUAUAUUUGAGCGACAACAUUAAUUGAUAUUUAAAGUUUAUUCGCAUAAGCUAUGAACUAGAUGUAAACAUUAGUUGACAGCGAUGUCGUCGUCAGCAACGAACGAAAUGGCUAUUUGGUUCAGGUUUUGAAUAUUUUUGGAUAACAAUUACUUUUAUAACCGCGUAAAUUAUUCAUUAAUUUAAUUAAUAAGAUUAUGUUUUCGCUCUCUAUGUAUUAAGUGAUUACAAUAAUUUAUGUAUUAUAUAAUAAAAACUAAUAAUCGAGAAAAAGAAAAAGAGAAAAAGUGAUGUUAAUAAUAUACUGUUACUAUGGAACGAGUAGAUAAAUUUUGAACACCUUUAACAACUAAAAUCGUUAUUUACAUGCACUGUACGCCUUAUUGAAAUAGUUUAGUCGGUUUAAUAAGAAAAUAAAAUAUUUCAAUUGUUCGUUAGAAAAAAAGAUUAGAUUCGUUGAAUUACACUGUAACUUUGUGACUUUUAACAAAAAAUAUUACUUCGUGUUUUUAUCGUGGUUAUAUAAUUUUUUUCUUUCUCUCUGUCACAUUCUUCAACUCUCUCAUCAUGUUUGGCAAGUAUAGUUGUUUAUAUUUUUGAUCCUCUCCUUCCUUUCAUGCCUUCUUACUCUUAACAAGCUUUCUUUAUUCCCUGAAUGCCAAUAAACGGUCCCUUUUGUUGUAAUAACACUGUGACUGAGGUAUUCGAUUUUGGCUGUUUUUUUAUUGUGACUAUAACAGCUCUUUUCCUUUUUGUAUUCUUAAUAAAUCGCCCUGAUUAGUAACGUGGUCCAUAUAAGACAUCUUCAGGAUUCGACAAUAAAGCCACAUUUCGAAAGCCUCAAUUUUCUUGCAGGUGACGUAUGUGAGAGUCCACGACUCAACUCUGUACAAGAAUAUAGAAAAGUCAUAACAUCGUAUUAACCUGAUUUUUGUGGGUAUUGAUAAAUCAUGGCAUUUAAAUAGCUCAGCCAUUUUUUGAAAUACAUACACGUAUACAGGUCCAGCGAUUUUUAAAGGGAUCAUAGCCAAUACAUGUAUUUCGGCUCUAGGCGGUUGGCCAACAAAAUAUUUUCAAAUAAUUAUUAUAUUAUACAAGUCCAAUACUUAAGUCGACUGCUGGAUUCUGAACUAAGCAACGCAAAUGCAAAAGCCCGCCUACAUUUACCAUUUCAGUCUGUUUUAAAUCAGCUGAACGAGUCUAGAGGUGGGCUAAAUUACCAUACAGUGAUAUUUUAUUCAUUGUGAUUUUUGUCUGUAACUGAAUCAGUCAUUGUAAAAACAUUACAUGUUACAAUGUGUAAACUUUUAAUGAAACGUAAAAAUAUUUUCAUUAGUAGUUAGAUAUUCCGAGAUAAUACAAUAUUUUAUAUAAGUAUUAUGGGUUAUAAAUGACUCUUUCUGAAAGGCAAAAAAAGUUUAAAUGUUUAUGUAUAUAUUUAUAUGUAAAUUUAAUGGCGUUGAAAAACGUCGUCAUUUUACCCAAAAUAUGGUCUUAGACUGUUUUCGCAAUGACCGAUUCAAUUGUGAUUUAACAGAGCAACGAAAUAUUCAUAUGUUAAACUCCUAAUAAAAAGUGUUACCACUAUGGACGAUCGUAAAAUUCUACACGUGUUAUUAUUUUGUUUAGGUCACUAUUACAAAAUUGGGUUUGCUAUUAGAACGCAUACCAUGCCAUUAGUGCCAAACAAAAAUAGACAAAUUUAGUAGUUUAUGGAACGUUUUUAUAUAAGUGGAUGAUAAGUAUGCAUCAUGCAAUAUUUGUAAGAUAUAGCUGUCUUAUAAAACUUAGAGAACUUAGAAAACAAAAUUUUACUACAUUAUUGUUUCCUAUAAUGCACAAAAAGUUAAAGGUGGUACACAAAAUGAUGUGAAGAUGAAACAUUUUGGAUGCUUUGCACACACAAUAAAUAAACUUUAUUGUUAACGAUGGCUUAAAGGAUGAGGAAAUCAGCCACAAUUUAACUUAAAAAAAUGAUUUUAUUGACGUUUCGACUUCUACCUCAGAUGUUGUUAUCAAAAGUGAUAUAAGAAAAUCAUUAAAAAUUUAACCAAAAUAAAAAUACCAUUAGCCACUUUAAAAAGAGUUCUACAAGCAACUGCUAAAUUUUUAGAUUUUCAAAAAAUCCAGGAAACGGGAAUCCUCUCAAAUUACUGCAAGAUGUUUCCACAUGUUGUAAUUCGACAUUUUAUAUGUUGGAAAGAUUUAUUCAGCUAGAAGAAAUUGUUAAGGCUAUUAUAAGCAUAACAAAUAUGUACGUAAACACUAGUUCGUUGUUAAAACAUCAACAAAAAUUAUUGUACUGUUUCAAAACGUACCUUUUAUCUCAAAUUUCUGUUGUCGCUCAAAUUAUAUAAACUGAUAAUUGCUCUAAUUAUCCGUCCAUUGUUAAAACAAAAAUUGUUAUAUUAAAUGAAGAUAUUUCCUAUUUACAAAAAAAGUUUUCCUAAAGCGAGUAUAUAGAUGCUUCCUCUGAGACCACUAGUAUAAAAAUUGACCAAAUGGGAGUAAUAUGUAUUUUUAUUUAUCUGUGUUUUCAAAUUUUUCAGAUGUAAUCUAAAACAACAAUCAAACACGAGUAUUGUGUAUGUUUACGUGAUUUUUGGCAGAAUUUUCCAGUUUUGGAAAUUCAUUGAAGCUUUAUUUUGGUGUUAGCAUAUUUUUUGUUGUACAAUUUUUUAUUUUUUAUUGCAUGUUAAGUUUAGCACACUGUUUGCAAUGUAUAGUUUGGUCUCAAAUAGUGUAAAAAUACAAAUUACAAAAACAUAUAUCAUGUAGAGUAAUGUAAGGCGAUUUUUUGGUGUUAUUAUGCCAAGCUCAACGUUUACAAGUUUAGAAAAGUGGUAUAUCUCAGAGGAACGAUGUUAUUUAGUAUAAUAAUGUACAUUCCUAUUUUUCAUUUGAUCUGAGGUAACCAAAAUGCCAGAAAACCAAUUUUGUAACAUGUAGAAUAUAUCUUUUAUUUCCUUUAUCGUUUAUUUUCGGGGUUUUGGCUGUACCUCAUCAAAAUGUCAAAUAUAUGCAAAUAUAGAGUUAGUCUUAAAUUUAAGUACAACUUGUUAAUACUAAGGAUAAUUUUUAAAUAUUCAUUCAUAUACAUUCCAUUUUCUAUUAUAUUUCUUCAUCCUUUUAUAUAGUACUGAGAAGUGUACAGUAUUUAUUUUAUUUCGUGAGAUUUCAGAGAAAGUUUUGGUGCAAUAUGUGGGACUUUUGUUUAAAAUAAAAAAAAGGUAUUGAGUGUAGCUGUAGCGUAAUAAUUUUGGAAAUUUUUUCUAAGGAUUUUUCAUUUUGAAAGGUUUUAGUCUUCUGACAAAAAAAAAAUAGAAAAAAGGAGACGAAAACAAACCAACUAAACAAAAUCAAACUAAGAUGUAAAACGAUGUAAAAUACUGUAUUAAUUUUCAAUUACCUUGUAUAGUUCUGAAAAUAACUGAUCAAAAAAUUAUCCGCGUAUUUUAUGCUACAAGAUAUACCGUGGGUAUAAAAACGACUUCGAAUCAAAAUAAAAUUUCGUACUCAGAUGUUUGAUAUUUGCGAAAGGUUGAAUGAUUUUGUUAAAUAUAUUUUAGACGACUUUAUAGAAAAUAAUAAUUUGUUAAUAGUUCGCAGUAUAUUCUCUGUGAGACGAUGUAGCUAAAAAUUCAGAGUUCUUCGCUGCGGCCUAAGAUUGCGUAACUGGUCACGUUAUAUAUAAUCAUAUGUGCAAUAAUAUUAAAAAAGGUAAAAAUGUAUGUUAAAGAAUAUUUUCAUGAACAAUUUUAUAUUAAAAUUGUUCAUAUUGAAUUAAUAUUUUGAAUAUAAAACGACCAUUAUGGAUGUCUAUGCGUGUAUUAUUACAUAAGAGUAAAUUACUUGUUAAAUUGUGAUAAUCAGUACAAAAGAUUGUUGCAGUACAAAAGACGUAUUGUGCAUAUAGUAUGCGAGAAAGAAUUAUAAGUUGCGUACAUUUGGCGUUACACAAGUCAGAUACCGUACAAUAUUAUAGUCCAAGAGGCAGCGCUGAAAAAUCUCUUUGAAUUUACUAAAGCUAGAUUUUUCACAGUUGAUUACUGUGAUUGUGUAGAUAAACAUACUGCGGUCGGUCAAGUGAAACGUAGAACAGGGGUUACGGAGAGGGUAUCAAAGUUGCUUUCCUACGAAGGUAAUUAAAUCCAUUUACUAAGGCUGAAAUUCAGUACGUAGUAUUAGUAGUAUAUAGUACAGUAAGUGUGUCAGUACACACAUUCUAAAUUAAAUAUAAAUAAAAGUUAUUAUAGUCGAUCAGCUGUAUGACGGGACAGAGCCGGUCGGUCGGCCCCAGUGAAUGUACAGGGUUAUUCACUAUAUUUUGACCCCCUUGUAAACUGCUUUAUUUACAGAAUUAGAAAAAAAUGUAAAUACAAAAGUUAUUCGAUUUUUUAAUUAUGAUUUUUUGACGUAAUAUAUAUCAUUCUAGUGACGUCAUCCAUUUGGGCGUGAUGACGUAAUCGACUAUUUUUAAAUGGGAAUAGGGGUCGAGUGCUAGUUCAUUUGAAAGGUUAUUCAUUUCCCUAUUCAGUAAUAUAAACAUUAACAUGAUAAUUAUACAGGGUGUCCAAAAAAUUUAGCUUUAUUAAAUUCAUUGUUUAAUUAAUAAUUCAAAAAAAAAUUUGGACACCCUUUAUAAAUAAUGAUCUUAAUGUUUAUAGUACUGUAUAGAGAAUUGAAUAACCUUUCAAAUGAGCCAGCACAUGACCCCUAUUCUCAUUUAAAAAAAAUAGUCGAUUACGUCAUAACGCCCAGAUGGAUGACGUCACUAGUACGAUAUAUAUGUCAAAAAAUCAUAAUUAAAAAAUCGAAUAACUUUUGUAUUUUACAUUUUUAUCUAAUUCUGUAAAUAAAGCAGUUUACAAAGGGGUCAAAAUAUAGUGAAUAGUAGUACAUUCAUUGGGGUCGACCGACCGGCUCUGUCCCGUCAUACAGCUGACCGACUAUAAUAACUUUUAUUUAUAUUCAAUUUAGUAUGUGUGUACUGAUUUUCAGCCUUACUAAAUGGAUUUAAUUACCUUCGUAGGAAAGCAACUUUGAUAUCCUCUCAGUAACCCCUGUUCUACACAAUCACAGUAAUCAACUGUGAAAAAUUAAGCUUUAGUAAAUUCAAAGAGAUUUUCCAGCGCUGCCUCUCCGUCUAUUAUUUUACGUCAUCAUCUUCAUAGGCCACCUCUAAAAAUUUCCAUUCAUAUCUACCUUGCGCUGUUGCAAUCUAGUUGGUACAUGUCUUUAUGUUGUCAAUGCAUCUCUUGGAUGGAAAAAACACGGUGUUUUAAAAACACAGUGUUUUUGAAACUUUUUUGACUCUUAGUCUUUUUUUGAUAAGUCACGUUUUAUCGAGAUGUGGCUUCUUCUUCAAAAUAUACCUAAAAAUGUAAAUUAUAAAUAAAUUUUCAGAUUAUUAACAGGGAUACCAUAGGUCCUUAACCAUAUACAAAUAUGUGGUGGAAUCGACAAAUAUUCAAAAUAUCUCGAUAAACACUGGCUUAUCGAAAAAGUACUAAGAGGCGAAAAAGUUUUAAAAACAUUGUAUUUAACUAAUGGUGCCACAAUAAUAAUUUAAUUGGAACGUACACAAAAGUUUAAAGGGUUAAAGUAGGAAAACCCCCAUAAAAUUUUUAUGGGGUGCACAAAUUUCACUUUAUUUUUUUUUAAGAUGUUGCUGCCAUAAGAAUGCCACAUGUCCAUUUUCAAUGAAAAAUAUCUAAGAGAUUUCGAUAUAUGAAAAAAAUCGAUUUUCAUUUUGUAAUUUCAAAGGGUUGUAACUUUUUUGUGUACACUUUUGUACUAAGGUAAGUUGGAUUCAAUAAAUUUAUUUUUGUCCCCGGAAUGCGUGAUUUAAUUUAUGACAUACGUUUUUGAAACACCCUGUAGUGCACCGUUUUUUUAAUAAUGUUUAGUAUAACUGUGACCACGUUUUAGCCAUUUUUGUCUGCCAGACGUCGGGUCAUGGAAAACUCACAGCGAAUAUACUAAACUCGUUUUUUUUACAGUUUCUUGUAUAGUUUUUAAGUUUUGGGUGAAAAGUUCCAGAAAUGUGAGACUGGACUCAUUGUUGGAGAAGAAUGUGCACUAUGGGAUCAUUCCAGAUUUUCUCGUAUUCCAGAAACAACAAAAAUUGUAUUAAUAAAUUACAUAUUACAAAUCACAAUUCUAUUUCGAUUUAUUUCGAUCUUGUGCCUCUUACAUCCAAUUCCUAUUCCAAGAUCGAAAUAGAUAGAAAAUUAUGAGGGAAAUCUAUGUCCAGCAGUGAACAGGCGAAGAUUGAAUGAUGAUGACAAAUCAUGACCACUGUCAACUUCAAUCCGUCUCAACCGGUCUAAACUAUUCUUACAGUUCUCCAAAACACUAUAAACUUUUGCAAGUUAUAUAAAAAAUUUUACACUCAUUUUUGGGAUGUGAGAAAUAUCUUGAAAAGAUUUCCUUUAUAGAUAUGUUGCUGAAUAUGUAAACUUUUUGUUUAGUUACUUUCUAUUUUAAUAUAUACAUAUGUUUUGUAAUAUUUAAGUAAACAUUCCAUCUGUCUUAGAUGCCAGUCUAAGAAAUUGUACCUACCUUAUAUUUAUUUUUAUUUUAUUUAUACAUAUUUCAAUUUGUAAAUCACAAUUUGUUGUAAUUGGUGAGAGGGGUAAAUAAAGUUGAUAUUUUAUUUUAUAAA